GGAGGAAAUGCUCAGCAUGAGGAAUGGUAUCUUCGCCAACAGUCUCUUUGGCAGGGGCUCCUGUUUCGAGCGGAUAGCGCAGUGUGCCUGCCGCCCCAAGCAGCUGCCCCGGCCGCAGGACUCUUCGAAGAAGCCAUUCGGAACCGCUGCGCCCAGGGUCAUAUCGGAGAAGCAACGUCACUUGCUCACCAUGAUCAAUAGGGGCUGUACCUGUCCCAAGACCGAUCCCAAGUCCCGCUGGUUCGACGUCCACAAGCACAUUAUCCUGUCGAUGGCGAUCACCCUGAACCGCCCCCCAGACGUGGUGCUCGACUUUCUCUACAACCUCAGCAUGCAGAACUUCCGGAACAUCCUGGAGCCAUUCAGAGGCUACCCGGCCGGUCCCUGCAAUGUGCCGUUCGCGAAUGGGAACAUCUGCACCCAGUACAUGAGCAUCUUCGAUACGCGGGGCAAUGUCCGGAAUCCCUUCCACCGGAACUCGCUGGCGAUGCUGAUACGGAUGAUGCAGAAUGUCCUGAGCAACAAACAGUUCCGCCGGCACUCGCCCAUCGACGACUUCUUCGUGCAGCCACACCCACUGCGGGACAGGGCCGCGGAAAGGGCCAAGCGGGCCGGCAUAGACAGCUCCUCGGCGGCCCGACAAAAUGGAAGGCGCCGGCUACGGGAAGCCGACUUCAAGGCCCAGGAAAACAGGAGAAUCUUAUACAAUGAGAUGACCGAUUUCUUGUAUCACAAACCCGAUGUUGGGUCUCGUUUCUGGGAGGCUGUGGAGCCGAAGACCCUCCAGGACUUUGAUUUAAAUGACAAUGAAUAUGGCAUUUCAAGCGCGUUCAGUACCUAUCAGGCCGAGGAGCUUACUGCACUGAUCGAUCUUCUCAAUCAAAGGGUUCUGUUGACCAGGCACUUGGACGACUUGUUGGAGGCUAUCAAGAGCCUCAAGCUUGUGGAUCCCGCCGUAGAAAAAACGGGUCUCAGCCGGGUUAGCGCCGAGAGGAUCUACGUUAAAGAGAUUUCUAAAAGCUACAAUGAAACGGUUGAGGCCCCGUCAGCGAAGGGGAACCUGAAGGCUCACUUAUCCUCCAUACAUCGGACUCUGCUGUCUGGACACCGGACUCACGGCCUCACCCCACGGACUCACGCAAAUCUGGCAAAACGACCGGUGACCCCGAAGUACAAAUUGUAUCUGGGCGAGCAGAUCCCGGUGCUUAUUCACGAGCCCUACGAUCCUAAGAAGCCCUGGACCUGGAUGCGGCGCCAUCCCAAGCAAGCGCGAUUGGACCUAAAGGCUAACACCCUAAAGGACGUUAAUAUCCGGCGCUAUCAGAGCAACUCCCUCAAGGAUAGGAUCGAGAAGUCCCAGGAAACCGCUUCCGUGCAUACGGUAUUCAGCAUUGACGAGGAGGACCGUCUCCCGAUGUUCGGAAAAUAAUCCUCAAUGGCCAAGUGACACCUGUUCCUGUGCAGUCGAUAACUGAUCAUAGCUAGUGAUUCCAGAAUAUCUGUGAAAAAUUGUCGUUGCCCUUCGAAAUUGUUAGGUAUUACAAAGAUAAAAAAAUCACCCAAAUAAAGAUUCCCGCCUAAAGAUAC